CUAAAGACAAGUUUCUCAGCCCUCCAAGCUACACGUCGAACUCGAACUCGUUUCCCUCCUACCUGUUGUCGGCCAACACAUGAUAGCCAACUAACGGAGUGAAAUCUCCGCCAACGUGGCUGCAACAUCACACAAAUAGCGAUACGGACAGCAGCUUGACGGUAGAAGUUGCUCAGCAAAUAUUGGCUCUCAAUCGCCAUUUCCUCAAAUCAUUGACAACAUCUAAUCUCGUUGAAAAUGAAGUGGUUGUGUGUGUUCGUUUUGGUGGUCGUGGGUUCGAGCUUGGCCGAGGUCGAGGAGCGACCCUCUGGCCUGAAGUUAGAGGUUGUGGAGAAAGUGGACUCGUGCGAGAAGCAAGCCAAGAAUGGAGAUCUACUCACCAUGCACUACACUGGCACUUUGGAGGAUGGAACCAAGUUCGAUAGCUCUCUAGAUCGAAGUGAGCCAUUCAAGUUUCAAAUCGGCGUUGGUCAGGUGAUCAAAGGCUGGGAAGAGGGUAUUGUUGGUAUGUGUGUGGGAGAGAAGCGCAAACUCAUUGUUCCACCCGAACUUGGCUAUGGAGAGCAAGGUGCUGGGGAUGUGAUUCCCGGUGGUGCUACCCUUUAUUUCGAUGUAGAGCUCCUCGAGACUGAUGAGGGACCCACGCCCGUCAAUGUGUUCAAGCAAAUUGAUUUGGACGACGAUUCUCACAUCUCCCGAGAGGAACUUAGUGGUUACUUGAAGCAACAGGUUGAAGCCAUGAAAGAUGCCGGUGGGGAUCAGGAGGAGCAGGCCCGUCAGAUGGAAGGUGACCAAGACAAGCUGGUGGAGGAAAUAUUUAGCCACGAAGAUAAAGACAAAGACGGUCUCAUUUCCCACGACGAGUUCUCUGGUCCCAAACACGACGAGCUUUAGAUCUGAUCAGACUUAUUAAUUCCAAUUCUCUCUUACUCGUCCCCACCAUGAAACCUCCCCCCAUACAUAUUCAAAAUACCAUCUUUUGUUAUGAAUCAACUCUACCUGAUUUUGUUCCCGUCUCGAGUCUUUAGUUUGAUUCUGGAACUAUUUUUCUACCAACAAUAUCUACCAGGUGUCACAAAAAACCGAAAGGAAGUCUUCUGACCACCUAAUUUGCAUUUGCGAAUUAGCCAUGGGGGAACGUGAAUCUGAACUUUUGAUCACUUCUCACGAACCUAGGCCGUUUUGGAAUAUGGUUUUAUAAAGAUGUUGUUUAUAUGUACGGAUUAUUUGUUUCUAUCCCAGAAAAUAAACUUUUUAAAACCA